CCACUCUGCCUGCUGUCUCUUUCAGUGGUAUCAGCUGAAGUGGAGAUGACGGCUUAUGCACUGCUGACCUACACAGUCCUGGGGGACGUGGCCUCGGCUUUGCCCGUGGUCAAGUGGCUCUCUCAGCAGAGAAACGCCCUCGGGGGCUUCUCUUCCACGCAGGACACAUGCGUAGCCCUCCAGGCCCUGGCCGAAUACGCCAUCCUCUCCUACAUUGGGGGCGUCAACCUCACCAUUUCACUGGCUUCCACCAACCUGGACUAUCAGGAGACCUUUGAGCUGAACAAAACCAACAAGAAGAUCCUCCAGACCACU